UACAUCGUUUCAUCUUCAUCGUUAUUCAAUCCGAAACUACACAUUUUAUCAAACAUGACUUCUUUACGUUUUUCGGUUUAUUCUGUGCUUUCCAGUUUAUUUUCGUUUUCGAACUAUUAACAAUGAUGCCUGGUUUUUCCUUUAUAGAUCGUUUUUGCCAAUUGUACAUUUAUGAUGUUGAGAAGAGACAAUACAUUGAGACCACCUCUGCGUAUAACAGAGCUACUUCAGUUAACUCAUCUAGGCAUCCCUUUAGAGCACAUAACAUGGCCUCGAGUGACAAUGACUUCAGAUCAGUGGAUCUGUAUAAGGCACUGUUUGAUAGGAUCCAAUUUAGAAAAUAUAACAGUAAUAACUGUUUUGAAUCCACAUCACACUUUACCUCAGACAUGGAAAGCAGUAGCUGACUGUGCCCAAAUGAAUCCAUCUAAGCCAAUAAUUGCUGUUAAAGCUGGAUCAACAUUUCAAAUAUAUGAUCUUGGAAGCCGUAAAUGUCUGCAUAGAUGUUCCCUAACAUAUUGUAUUCAUUUUUGGACAUGGGUCAACUCUACAACUAUAGUUGUAGUUUCAGACACUUCAGUUUAUCACUGGUAUCUUGAUGAUCAUAGCCCAGUUCCAGUUAAAGUAUUCUGCAGAGAUGCACGCAUGAAAAAUGCUCAGUUGGUCCGUUAUGUUUCAGAUCCUAAAAUGAAAUGGUUUGCACUUUCUGGCCUAAUAGCUGAGGACAAUCAUGUCAUUGGCCUUACACAAAUUUAUUCUGUGGACCAUAAUUUGUGCCAGAACAUUGAAGCUCAUUGUGUCUGUUUUACAUCAUAUCAUUUUAAGGGAAAUGCUCAACCUUCUUGUGUACUAAUUGCUGCCAACAGAGGUGCAAAUAUGAAUGGAAAAUUGCAUGUUGUUGAACUUGGUCCACAUUUAACUGGAAAUUUAGCUUAUACUUCUCACACGGGAUCAAUUGAAUUUUCAAAUGAAUGGUAUCGUUAUGAUUUCCCUUCAUCCAUCCAAGUCAGCUCUAAACUAGGUCUUGUAUACAUAGUUACUAAAUAUGGUGUUAUGCAUUUAUGUGAUAUGGAAACCUGCACUACACUUUGUACUGUCAAUUUAUGCCCUGACGUCAUAUUUAGUACAGCUUUUAAUAAGGAAACUGAAGGCAUUAUUGCUAUAUCAAGGAAUGGACAAGUUUUAUCUGUGGAAUUAAAAAAGGAACAACUGGUAAAAUAUGUAUGGGAUGUAUGCAAAAGACUCCACAUAGCAGAACGCUUAUCAAAUGUCUUAAAAGUAGAUGAGGCAUAAAAAGCAUCCAAAUACUUCCAGUUAUUGUUAGUUGCAUCACUUUAACUAUGUUCACAGAUGCUGAACAUAUCUGGCUUUUUUAGAAAUUUUUUAACUUGUUUUAUUAAAUGGAUGUACUGAUAAUUUUUAUUUAUUUAAAUAAUUAGACAACAUAUCAUUGUCUAAUGUAUUAUUUAUAUUGAAAUUAUGCAAUUUCAAGAAUUUUAUUUUUUCAGGAAUGCACAAAUGUAUGUAUUUUCAAAUUUGCUUAGUUUUACAUUUGUGCAAUUUUUUAACAAUUAAUGAUAGUUACAUUGAUUAAAAGUAAUUUGAAACUCUGGUAAAAUUUGUAAUAAUUAAGUCUUCCUUAAA